AUGGGGAAGAAGUGGAGAGAUGCGACCGAAAUGGAGCGGGGCUGCUCGGACCGCGAGGAAAGCGCGGAGAGCCGCAGGCGCAGCCGGAGCGCCAGCCGGGGCAGGUUUGCCGAGUCGUGGAAAAGGUUAAGUUCCAAGCAGGGAUCCACCAAGCGCUCGGGACUCCCGUCGCAGCAGACGCCGGCUCAGAAGUCCUGGAUAGAAAGAGCCUUUUAUAAAAGAGAAUGUGUUCACAUCAUCCCCAGCACCAAAGACCCCCAUAGGUGUUGCUGUGGGCGUCUAAUAGGCCAGCAUGUUGGCCUCACUCCCAGUAUCUCGGUUCUUCAGAAUGAGAAAAACGAAAGUCGCCUCUCUCGAAAUGACAUCCAGUCUGAGAAGUGGUCCAUCAGCAAGCACACUCAACUCAGCCCCACCGAUGCUUUUGGGACCAUUGAGUUCCAAGGAGGCGGCCAUUCCAACAAAGCCAUGUAUGUACGAGUAUCUUUCGAUACAAAACCUGAUCUCCUCCUACACCUGAUGACCAAGGAAUGGCAGUUGGAGCUUCCCAAGCUUCUCAUCUCAGUGCAUGGGGGCCUGCAGAACUUUGAACUCCAGCCAAAACUCAAGCAAGUCUUUGGCAAAGGUCUCAUCAAAGCAGCCAUGACGACUGGAGCAUGGAUAUUCACUGGAGGAGUUAACACAGGUGUUAUUCGUCAUGUUGGCGAUGCCUUGAAGGACCAUGCAUCUAAGUCUCGAGGAAAGAUAUGUACCAUAGGUAUCGCCCCCUGGGGAAUUGUGGAAAACCAAGAAGACCUGAUUGGAAGAGAUGUGGUCCGGCCGUAUCAGACCAUGUCCAAUCCCAUGAGCAAGCUCACUGUUCUCAACAGUAUGCAUUCCCACUUCAUUCUGGCCGACAAUGGGACCACUGGAAAGUAUGGAGCAGAGGUGAAGCUUAGGAGACAACUGGAAAAGCAUAUUUCACUCCAGAAGAUAAACACAAGAAUCGGUCAAGGCGUUCCAGUGGUGGCACUGAUUGUGGAAGGAGGACCCAAUGUGAUCUCAAUUGUCUUGGAGUACCUUCGAGACACCCCUCCUGUGCCAGUUGUUGUCUGUGAUGGGAGUGGACGGGCAUCCGACAUCCUGGCAUUUGGGCAUAAAUAUUCAGAAGAAGGCGGACUUAUAAAUGAAUCUUUGAGGGACCAGCUAUUGGUAACCAUCCAGAAGACUUUCACAUACACUCGAACCCAAGCUCAGCACCUCUUCAUCAUCCUCAUGGAGUGCAUGAAGAAGAAAGAACUGAUUACAGUAUUUCGGAUGGGAUCAGAAGGACACCAGGACAUUGAUUUAGCCAUCCUGACGGCUUUGCUCAAAGGAGCCAACGCCUCAGCCCCAGACCAACUGAGCUUAGCUUUAGCCUGGAACAGAGUCGACAUCGCCCGCAGUCAGAUCUUUAUUUAUGGGCAACAGUGGCCGGUGGGGUCUCUGGAGCAAGCCAUGUUGGAUGCCUUAGUUCUGGACAGAGUGGAUUUUGUGAAAUUACUUAUAGAGAAUGGAGUAAGCAUGCAUCGUUUUCUCACCAUCUCCAGACUAGAGGAAUUGUACAAUACGAGACAUGGGCCCUCAAACACAUUGUACCACUUGGUCAGGGAUGUCAAAAAGCGAGAAUAUCCAGGUUUCGGUUGGAUCUAUUUUAAGGGGAACCUGCCCCCAGACUACAGAAUCAGCCUGAUCGAUAUUGGCCUGGUGAUCGAGUACCUGAUGGGAGGGGCUUAUCGCUGCAACUACACGCGCAAGCGCUUCCGGACGCUCUACCACAAUCUCUUUGGCCCAAAGAGGCCCAAAGCCUUGAAACUGUUGGGAAUGGAGGAUGAUGUUCCCUUGAGGCGAGGAAGAAAGACAACCAAGAAGCGUGAAGAAGAGGUGGACAUUGACUUGGAUGACCCUGAGAUCAACCACUUCCCUUUCCCUUUUCAUGAGCUGAUGGUGUGGGCCGUCCUGAUGAAGCGGCAGAAGAUGGCCCUGUUCUUCUGGCAGCACGGCGAGGAGGCCAUGGCCAAGGCCCUGGUGGCCUGCAAGCUCUGCAAAGCCAUGGCCCACGAGGCUUCUGAGAACGACAUGGUAGAUGACAUCUCUCAGGAGCUAAACCACAACUCCAGGGACUUUGGCCAGCUGGCCGUGGAGCUCCUGGACCAGUCCUACAAGCAGGAUGAGCAGCUGGCCAUGAAACUGCUGACGUAUGAACUGAAGAACUGGAGCAAUGCCACGUGCCUGCAGCUUGCGGUAGCUGCCAAACACCGUGACUUCAUUGCACACACGUGCAGCCAGAUGUUGCUCACAGACAUGUGGAUGGGUCGGCUCCGGAUGCGCAAGAACUCAGGCCUCAAGGUAAUUCUGGGAAUUCUACUUCCUCCUUCAAUUCUCAGCUUGGAGUUCAAGAACAAAGAUGACAUGCCCUAUAUGACUCAGGCCCAGGAAAUCCACCUCCAAGAGAAGGAGCAGGAAGAACCAGAGAAGCCCACGAAGGAGAAAGAUGAAGAGGACAUGGAACUGACAGCGAUGUUGGGAAGAAACAACGGGGAGUCCUCCAGGAAGAAGGAUGAAGAAGAAGUUCAGAGCAGACACCGGUUAAUCCCCCUGGGCAGAAAAAUCUAUGAAUUCUACAAUGCACCCAUUGUGAAGUUCUGGUUCUACACUCUGGCGUACAUCGGAUACUUGAUGCUGUUCAACUAUAUCGUGCUAGUGAAGAUGGAGCGCUGGCCUUCUACCCAGGAAUGGAUCGUCAUUUCCUAUAUUUUCACCCUGGGAAUAGAAAAGAUGAGAGAGAUUUUGAUGUCAGAGCCAGGAAAGUUGCUACAAAAAGUGAAGGUGUGGUUGCAAGAGUACUGGAAUGUCACAGACCUCAUUGCCAUCCUUCUGUUCUCUGUCGGAAUGAUUCUUCGUCUCCAAGACCAACCCUUCAGGAGUGAUGGGAGGGUCAUCUAUUGUGUGAACAUCAUUUAUUGGUACAUUCGUCUAUUAGACAUCUUCGGCGUGAACAAGUAUUUGGGCCCAUAUGUGAUGAUGAUUGGAAAAAUGAUGAUAGACAUGAUGUACUUUGUCAUCAUCAUGCUGGUGGUGCUCAUGAGUUUUGGGGUCGCCAGGCAAGCCAUUCUCUUUCCCAAUGAGGAGCCAUCAUGGAAACUGGCCAAGAACAUCUUCUACAUGCCCUAUUGGAUGAUUUAUGGGGAAGUGUUUGCGGACCAGAUAGACCCUCCCUGUGGACAGAAUGAGACUCGAGAGGAUGGUAAAAUAAUACAACUGCCUCCCUGCAAGACAGGAGCCUGGAUCGUGCCGGCCAUCAUGGCCUGCUACCUUCUAGUGGCAAACAUCCUGCUGGUCAACCUCCUCAUCGCUGUCUUUAACAAUACAUUUUUUGAGGUAAAAUCAAUAUCCAAUCAAGUGUGGAAGUUCCAGAGGUAUCAGCUCAUCAUGACUUUCCAUGAAAGGCCCGUUCUGCCCCCACCUCUGAUCAUAUUCAGCCACAUGACCAUGAUAUUCCAGCACCUGUGUUGCCGAUGGAGGAAACACGAGAGUGACCCAGAUGAAAGGGACUAUGGCCUGAAGCUCUUCAUAACUGAUGAUGAGCUCAAGAAAGUACAUGAUUUUGAGGAGCAGUGCAUAGAGGAAUAUUUCAGAGAAAAGGAUGAUCGAUUCAACUCGUCCAAUGAUGAGAGGAUACGGGUGACUUCAGAAAGGGUGGAGAAUAUGUCCAUGCGGCUGGAGGAAGUCAACGAGCGGGAGCACUGCAUGAAGGCCUCGCUCCAGACCGUGGACAUCCGGCUGGCGCAGCUCGAGGACCUCAUCGGGCGCAUGGCCACAGCCCUGGAGCGCCUGACGGGUCUAGAGCGGGCUGAGUCCAACAAAAUCCGCUCGCGGACCUCCUCGGACUGCACAGAUGCAGCCUACAUUGUCCGCCAGAGCAGCUUCAACAGCCAGGAGGGGAACACCUUCAAGCUCCAAGAGAGUAUAGACCCUGCAGGUGAGGAGACCUUGUCCCCAACUUCUCCAACCUUAAUGCCCCGUAUGCGAAGCCAUUCUUUCUAUUCAGUCAAUAUGAAAGACAAAGGUGGGAUAGAAAAGUUGGAGAGUCUUUUUAAAGAAAGGUCCCUGAGCCUACACCGAGCUACUAGUUCCCACUCUGUAGCAAAAGAAUCCAAAGCUCCUGCAGCCCCUGCAAACACCUUGGCCAUUGUUCCCGACUCCAGAAGACCAUCUUCAUGUAUAGACAUCUAUGUCUCUGCCAUGGAUGAGCUCCACUGUGAUAUAGACCCACUGGACAAUCCCAUGAACAUCCUUGGGCUGGGAGAACCAAGCUUUUCAGCUCCAGUACCUUCCGCAGCUCCUUCAAGUAGUGCCUACGCGACUCUUGCACCCACAGACAGACUGCCAAGCCGGAGCAUUGAUUUUGAGGACAUCACCUCCAUGGACACUAGGUCUUUUUCUUCAGACUAUACCCACAUCCCAGAAUGCCAAAACCCAUGGGACACUGACCCUCCAAUGUACCACACCAUUGAGCGUUCCAAAAGUAGCCGCUACCUAGCCACCACCCCAUUUCUUCUAGAAGAAGCCUCCGUUGUGAAAUCACAUAGCUUUAUGUUUUCUCCUUCGAGGAGCUGUUAUGCCAACUUUGGGGUGCCCAUGAAAACAGCAGAAUAUACGAGUAUUACAGACUGUAUUGACACGAGAUGUGUCAAUGCUCCUCAAGUGAUUGCUGACAGAACCACCUUCCUGGGAGGUCUUGGAGGGAAAGUGGAGGAAUCGUGCUGCCACCCCGAGCGGGAGGCAGAACUGAGUCACCCCAGCUCUGACGGUGAGGAGAAUGAGGCCAAGGGCCGGAGAGCCACCAUCACAAUGCCCCCCCAGGAGGGUGAUAAUUCAGACAGAACCCUGUCCAACAACAUCGCAGUUCCCAAGAUAGAGCGCGCCAACAGCUACUCAGCAGAGGAGCCAAGCACACCAUAUGCCCACACCAGGAAGAGCUUCUCCAUCAGUGACAAACUCGACAGGCAGCGGAACACAGCAAGCCUGAGAAAUCCCUUCCAGAGGAGUAAGUCCUCCAAGCCAGAAGGCCGAGGGGACAGUCUGUCCAUGAGGAGACUCUCCAGAAUGUCUGCUUUUCACAGCUUUGAAAGCAAGCACAACUAA